GCCUGAUGCACGUAACACUAGUUGACAACAUAGCUGACCUCUCAGAGGAAACUGGUGCUUCUCCUUACAUCUCCCAAAUCUGCAACCAGGAGACAACAUGAAGCCCAAAUCCUUUCCAUCCCGACUGUUUGAUAGGAAUUCAGCAGGAGCGUCAGGUGAAAGGAGGAAUAGUUGUGCAGCAAAGUAUCAACGACAUGUUGACUCUGUGGAUCAACCACCCUCUGAUGACAGCAGUCCAAACGAGAAAGCCAAAAAAGACCUAAACUUUGCCUUUCUGCCAGAGAGGUAUGAACCACUGAUAGAUGACGAGGCUAAAGAAGGGAAGAAAAAGAGGAAGAAGGAAAACUACAAGAAAGUAAAAAAGAAUGUUGGGAAGGCACUUCGCACCACCUGGAAGUGUCUGAUGCUCGGUCUGUACAACUUUGCCCUGGCCUACGCCACUCCCAUCGCAGCGGCAGCGACUUUUGUUCCGGAUUUUCACCCCAGCAGAGACAGAACAUGAGCUACGCUGCAAGGAUGCCACCUUUGGAGUUUGUUGUAAAUAGUUGUAACCUUAGAACCUUGACCAAACUCUCUGUGUUUUUUUUAUUCUUGUAUUUUUUUAAAAAAUUGUUGUUUUUUUUUGUCUUUGAUUCUUUUUUAUAUAAAUUCCACCUAUUUAGACUUGUUAUGCUUAAAUUUCAAUGUUCUGUACAGUAUAAUAUUUAAGAAUAGAAUACAUAGAUUAUCCCCCCCCCACCCCCCCACACACAAUUUUGUUGUUUCCAUAUGUUUAAUCAAGUCUCCUGCUGCAGGAUAGCAGUAGCAGGUUAUGUGUUUAUGUAUUUUUGUGGAUAUAGAUAUUUAGAAACAGAAAAAGUUAACAGUAUGUUGUACUGGAACAGGUAGGAAGUGAGAAUACACAUUUUCUUUCCAACAGCCUUAUAUAACUUCAUUCACCUGACCAAAGAUAACAUAUAUGGAAAUGAGCAACAGCACAUUUUAGCAAUUUUUAUUUUAAUGCAAUUUGUGCCCUAUAAUUGCAUUAAUACACAAUUGCUUUAUGUAGUAAGGCUAGAGGAUGCAAUGUGUUUACAUGUUGGGAAAUCUCAUAGAAGAUGUGAAGUUUAGGCAAAGUUGGUGAAGAAGUGCAGAGAAAACACUGAAGAAGAAGAAGAGAAGAUGUCCUGUAUUUUUAUAGAUCAGGAGAAACCUUAGGAGGAGCUCUGGAUUCAGUUGUGGCAAAGAGAAGCAGGACAUGCAUGAAAGUGAUUAGAAGCAUAUCUACCUUUGAUAACAUGCACAAGGACAGUGAAACAGUGGCGGGAUAUGUGGUAGGAGUUAUAAAUUCAAAGUCGGAGAGGCUUUAUAUCAGCGAUCAUGUCUGAAGGAUGAGGUUCUAUGAAUAAUGAUGUCAGAAACUGGUAUUGUGCUCUGUAGUGACAACUGUGGUUUGCUUUAGAGAAAGGGAGGCCAGCUCCAGUCCUCAAGAGCAUUACUGUCAGCUGAUAGAAGAAAAAUAUAUAUUUUUAUUUAUUGUAUACAGCACUAUAAACUAAAUGUGUUUUUAUGUUACAUGUUGAAAACUUGUUAGAGGUGUUAUCUUUUGUUGUUAAUAUAGAUUUUAAGACUAAGUCAGAUUUUGUGUAGUAAGACAAAAAUGUCUCUUGGUCGUACGUGGUGCUUAACUGCACUCUACAUUGUAAAUAAAACUGAUUUUAAAAUA